UCCUGGGCGCGAUCGCGCGACCUUGCAUUGGAAUGGGAUGCGCAGCGCCGCGGGUAUGUUGAUCAAUCCUCCAUCUCCCAUGACGCGGAGGAAGAUCUCCUUCCACCCCACGGGGCCGACGGCGCAGCUACACACGGCCUCGGUGGUGAGCGACCACAGCGCGCUGCAGCACUCGGCGCUGGGGGCCGGCGGCAAGAUCCCGUAGAGCGACGCGGAGCACGGGACCAGCUCUUCGCGCAGCUGGAGGCAUCGAUCGCCGUCGGGGAUGGCGGGAUUGGUGACGCUGCCUCCUCCUUUCUCGCCAAAGUGGCCCAUGGCGCAUUGGAUUGUUCCAGCUCCCAGGAGCAACACAAGGAUCGACCAUGAGCAGCGAUGUGCGACGGAUUCGGCAAUCUUUCCAUUGUGCGGUACGCAACGAACUCAAGUUGUUAGAGAAAGAAUAAGUGUUUCCCAAUUUUUCGACAAACGAUACAAGGCUUGGGAAGUAAGUGAAGAUAUCAGCGACCUCUUAGCUCCGAGAAAAGAUACUCUACAACAGACAAACCACUGGUGGAAGACUUGCAACAUACAAAACUCGGGAUUUGAUGAAGAUUAUCAGCGACCUCUUAGCUCCCGGGAGCUGGUCUCACAGAUACUGUAGUAUGUGAUUCGACUAAAGCUUGAGAAGGUACUUGGAUGGCUUA